AUGACUAGUGACGAUCAGUUCUUCUUCGACUAUCUUGCUUCUAUUCCUCAUGACGUAAGGAGAUACUCGAUGCAAGUCGCUGAUGCGAUUGACCGGCACGUCGACCAUGCUGCGGACGCCGUUCGAGAUACCCUUUCGCAUCAAUCAUGGCUUCCAUCGAGUGUGAGACCGUCGCCGAAAACCCGACCUUUCACUCCGGAGUCGCACUCGCUGUAUGAUCGUAUGCAGAAUUGGGCUAUGCGCAAUCGAGCAUGGAGUGCCGCUAUUUUGGCUUUCGUGGGGACGACUAGCAUCCUGUACUUUGGAAGUAAUAAGUUGAGGGCUAAGAGACGGAAGGCUAAAAGAGCUGCAAAUGGUGGCCGGAAGGAAAUAAUAGUUGUUGCUGGGUCACCGCAUGAACCGAUGACUAGGUCGAUAGCCGCUGAUUUAGAUCGUCGUGGUUACAUUGUUUAUAUCACCGUGUCAUCAGCAGAAGAAGAGCACCUUGUCCGUGGGGAGAAUCGACCCGAUAUAAGGCCUUUAUGGAUCGACUUAACGACGCUGCCUUCAUCGCCGUCGGAGGUGCACCCAUCCCUAAGUGAGAUCCAUACUAUGAUUACGAAACCGCGUGCACCAAUGCCUGGAGUGCCACCACAUAUCUGUCAACUGAGCGGGCUUGUAUUAGUCCCCUCGCCAAACUUUGUAGCGGGCCCCGUUGCUACGAUUCCGCCCUCGUCAUGGGUCGAUACCAUUAAUACACGCCUUCUUUCACCCAUCUUAACCACGCAGCUCUUUUUACCUCUUCUUACUCUUCGAAACACAAACAGCACUAUUGUACUUGUCUACCCAUCGAUAUCUUCAUCUCUAUCAGCACCUUUCGCUGGCCCCGAAGUAGCAACAGCACGCGCUUUGUCAGGUUUCGCAACAUCCCUUCGCAGAGAAUUGGGCCUUUUGCACCACAACAAUGUUGACCUAGUGGAAUUGAAACUUGGAAAUAUUGACCUCGGACCACAAUAUCGGGCGCCGAAUAGCCAUAUUGCGGGAACCGAAGUUCUCACCUGGAGUGUCCAACAGCGGUCUUUGUAUGGACCCCAAUAUCUCAAUAGCAUCGAGCAACGACCCGUGGCAUCCGCUGGACCCGGGAUGGUACGAGGAUCACCUGCCAGAGCCCUUCAUAACGCAUUGAUGGAUGCCUUGGAACCGACGCCGAGGAAUAUAUUCGGACGACGAGCUGCAAAGACGCCUAUCAGGUACGCAGGAAGAGGAGCACGGUCUUACUAUUUGAUUGGCCAAUGGGCACCCCCUGGCCUGGUUGGUUGGAUGCUAGGCCUGCGAACAGGAUAUCCGACCCCCGUCGAGAGCGCCAGUGGUAGUAGUAGCGAGACGGGAUGGGAAAAAGUUGACCGGUGA